ACAGAACGUAUGAUGCUGAGUAGUGAAGAAUACCGUAAGAUUUAAGCUAAAGUAUACAGCCCAAGAUUAUUGAACCAGCUUGGGCGGAUCUUGUGUCUAACGAAGGUGGAGCAUUUUACGAAAAUUUGGGGUUUCAGUGUCGUUCUUUCGCACAAGGCAAGGAAAGCUCGAAAGAACGCCAAAGCAGACAUUGCUUGGUGAGAGGCGACAAGAUCAUUCCGAAGGAGACACUUUGCCAACAGGAAAAGACAGACGACAGCCAGUCGUCUGUUUUCAUUACAGUGAAUGUAAUUCGUUCGCAACUUGUUGAGUGACGUCUAGGUCUAAGGAAAUUCUUACAUUUCACACGAAGUCGCUUUCGAACUGAAAACUGCGCUAGGAAACCCCACAGAGAGCAACUGAAUCUCGUUUUUGCAAAGGUACAAAGAAUUGGAUCCUAACCGCGCAACCAGAACAUGUCUUUUUCAAGUUUGAAGGAGCAGACAACGAAGAGGUCAUCUAUUGGAGAAAAGUUCCAUACCAAAUUAAGCCAUGCGAAUCAAAUCUACCCUACCUUGACUGAGACAAAAGAGGAUACACAAAUGACAUUUGGAGUGGACGAGACAAAAACCCCAUGGUCAGAUGCUGAAACCUCAAAAGAGCAUCAUGAAAGUACUGCAUCAAUACUUCCCCGAAAGCGACGAAGCUUUUUGAGCGAGACAAACAUGAUGCGAAUUUUGAUUGCUGCGGCCCUUAUCCUUUCCGUCGUCAAUCUUUUCUUGACAGUCGCCCUGACCAGAAGAGAAGAAAAAGGUUGCCCAUGCCAAAAAAACAGUGCAAAGGAGUUUAGUGGUCCAGAAAAAUUGAAAGGCGAAGGCAACAAUCUCAACACCAGCAACGAGGAGGAUAACACCGGAAUAGAAAAACCCCAGCAAGCCGGGUCACCCGGACCUCCCGGACCUCCCGGCCCCCCCGGACCACCUGGACCUCCUGGGGAACCUGGCCUUCAAGGCGAGAAAGGUGAUACUGGAGUACAAGGGCCUCGAGGACCACCAGGAGUUGGUAGCCCGGGCCCAGUGGGUGCACAGGGGCCCAGGGGCCACAAUGGGACUCAAGGACCAAUUGGACCUCCUGGCGUAAACGGCCAACAGGGUACACGGGGUCUUCAGGGGUCGAUGGGACCCAGAGGCUUCAAUGGCUCUCAAGGCUUGCCUGGGCCACCAGGCUUGGUUGGCCCCAGAGGCCCUCCCGGUGUCAAUGCAUCACAAGCUGGAGGAGGAGGUAUCGCUGGACCACCGGGUCCUCCUGGACCACAGGGAAUUCCUGGGCCUGGAAAUAUGAGCCUUUGUCAGUACAAGAACAAGAAGGAAGUCGCGCAGACAGCUGGGGCGUCGGCUGAUUCUAAAGUCAUUCUGCGGGAAGAUGAACACCCGGGAAUGAAGAUUAUAGCGGCUACAUGCUCAACGAUUAAUGCUGCAGAAUACGUCUUUGGUGAUGCAAAAACUGACCACAGAACAGGAACUAUCGUGUACAGAUGUCAUUGUAAAGGAAAAUCAACUCUGUUUUUAGGUGCGGAUAUGAAGUGUGUUAUUCACUACUGGAUCUGUCCAAUCAACAGUUAAGAACCUAUAGUACAAACCAGCACAGUCGCUCAGAGUUACCUCUACAAAAUGGAUACCAACUGUUUUCAGAAAGGCACUUUUAUGCCCCAGUUUUGAAAUCAUUAUCUGAAAGAUUUCUUUCAUAAUGGCUCUUUUGUAGUGUGACAGAGUGUCUUUCAUUUAUGAAGAUCGUCUAAAACAGUACGUAGUUGAAUCAGUGACUCUGUCCCAGAGUUUUCAACUUUCUUUUAAUGCAGGUGUGUGUGCAUGUGUGUUUUUUUUUUUCCAAGGAGUCGGUUCUUAACUGUAACAUAGUUUGAAAGCUAUUGUAAAUAACAGCUUGUAAACAGGCUACCCUGCUCCUUUUUUUAGCAGUGUAUGUUCAAAUAUAGGGGAAAUGAGGCUGACCAAAAAAAAAGGAAUUAAUCUUUAAUUUUGGUAGAUCGUAGCAUAAAGUGUAUCCUCUCGAUAGUUACUGAGUUCACCAGGAUUACUUGCAUAGGGCGUGAACUAAUGAAACGUACACCCCAUUCACACCAAAUCUUAAACAUGUUUUAUAGCUGUUUUGUUAAACAUGGCUAAAACAACUUUUUUUUUCAUGGAAGCUGCUUAAACUGAUGUUUGUUGACCUUAAAUGCAGCAUUGAAAAUACAAGUUAGCGAUUACUUAAAUCCUAUCACCAGUGAAAAAAUUCAGUUUUCAGUUUUCUUUUACUGAUUUUCAUUCAGUCAAACCCCGUUCAACAAGACAUGUUUUGCUGGUGUGAAUUGGGUAUAAGACAGAUGUAGAUGCUUAAGAAGUUCUUCAUAAUAGUUUAUAUUUUAAUCGAUUGAAAAUGUCAUAUUACAAGUGCUAUCUUUAUACAGACAAUAAGAGAAGAUUUUGAUUGAUUAGAAAAUGUUAGCCAGUAAAAUCAGCGAUUUCUUUUUUUCGCUUCAGUAUCGAGUAAUUUAACAAUCUUAUGUACUGAGAUUUUGGCAAAGAUUGAUCCUUACGUACAGAAAAAUAUGAUUAACCAUGAUACACGUUCAUGUGUCCAUGGUAACAGCAGUGUUAUAUAAUGAUAUUAAUAUAGAUGGAUAGUCGUCAAUAUUUCAUCUCCACAGGUGCAGUUUAUCACUGAACAAAUUAUAAUCAUUUAUGUUUGUUAUAGCUCUACAUCAAAGUCCUUAGUGACUGGUAACGUUUCAUGAAAUGAGACUUACCAGGAAAAAACUUUACAUUCCCAUUUAGAAUUACCAAUUCUUGCACUAGUUGCGUCGAAUCUCAACUUAUAGAUUGAUUUAAUAAUUAAACUUUAUCAAUACGAUUACCACUGGCAUUUUAUCCAAUAAAGUGUGAUACUCGUGAGUACGCAAUUA